GAGCAACAGAGCACAGCAUUUUGUCAGCUGCAAUUGAUUCUGCUACUUUCCUGUGGAUAUGGCACUCAACAAGAAAUAUGCUGGUCUUCCAGAUUUGGACCAAGCACCUGAUAUCUACGAGACUCCCGAUCUGACGGACGAAGCUUCCACUCUUCCGACACAAACAAUCCGCACGUCCUCCGAGGCGGACGAAGAUGACUCCAACUCUGAUAUCGACCGACAAGGUGUUAAUGCAGACGAAGCACGCGCCCAAUUUAUGGGGGCUACGGUCGACGCCCGCGAAGUGAAUUUCUCCGAUAGCAUAGCAGCGAAACGAAAGUCAUACAAAAGCAAGAACCGCCGCCGACGGGUACGGGAUGACGGUCUGGAGGAAGUGGGGGAUCUGAGUGACAGUGAGGAGGAGAGUAUGGAAAGAAAACUUGCGCGAUUGCGGAGAGAAGUUGAGGAAUUGAAGGACGAGGUGACUGCUCGACAAGAAAAGGCAGAUGCCGAAACUAAGGAAUCAUCCGCGGAAGGACAGGAGAAGCUGGACGACGGCGUGCAGGAGCUCAGUCGGGCGUUGGAUACCCUCUAUGCUUCCUCUCGCAGCGCGGCAGGGCCGCACUCCGCGGCCGCAACCUUAUCUCGGAAGAUCGCGACAGAUGCAGCCCCCGAUUCCACGCCGCCGCGCAGCCCAGCACCAGAAAACAAGACGGAGGCCUCGGCGUCAGCAUCCUCCGGUGUCCUAUCCCACGCCGCCGCCUUCGACGGCCGCCUUGCCCUCGUUGAAGCAGCAAUGGGCAUCUCCAGCUCGUCGAACCCCUUUGUCGCAGAUGGAAACUCUGAGCCCACCCUCCAACCCGUCCUCCCUGCUAUGGACCACCUCACCUCGCGCCUCUCUACCCUUACAACUCUCCUGGUCGGCCCUGCACCGGCCUCCGCCGUCCCAACCAUGGGCUCUGCACCGCCCUCCACAACCGUCUCAACACCAAACCUCGAAGCCCUGUCCACACGGGUCCGUAAGCUCACCGCGGAUGCUGAGGCACUGGCCUCUGCGCGCAAACGCGCUCUCGAUGCCGCCAAAGCUGCGCAAACGGCAAAGGUCGCUCCCGCUCCUGUCGAACCAUCAGACAUGUCCGUUUCCUCCUCGUCAACGACGGAGGUCGACCCCGUCGCCAAUCAGCGCGACGAACAGGCUACCAAGAUCCAAGCCCUCUAUGCUACUCUCCCCACUAUCCAAUCGCUACAUCCCCUCCUCCCGAGCGUGUUAGAACGACUUCGAUCCCUCCGUGCUAUCCAUGCGGGAUCCGCGCAGGCUGCGGAAUCACUUGACGAGUUGGAACGCCGCCAGGGGGAAAUGAAGAAGGAAAUUGAGCAGUGGCGCGAGGGGCUUAGGGUGGUAGAGGAGAGAAUGGGACAAGGCGAGGCUUCAAUGAAGAGUAAUAUCGAGUUGGUUGAACCUUGGGUGAGAGAUUUGGAGAGAAGAUUGGAUCGGAUGGAGGGGAGCGGCGCAUGAUGUCUUAAUCUCUUGGUCAAUACCCCUUUUGCGAUAUCCCGUUGGACAUAGUUUGAACAUACGCCUUUGGUAAAUAAAUUUCCUAUUAUAUAAACUACUCAACCCGCCUCAUAAUUCUGAUCCUAGGCUCCAUUCUCAAACCAACCCACCAUCCUUUCGUUACAAACCGUCUCACCAACUCCCGUCCCUUCUCCCAAACCCCAAUUGCACGUUCACCUCCAAUGCCUCUCAAAAAACUCUCCUCAACAGACCCCCUCGCCUCCUCACCCGGACGAAGAACUCUAACACCAGCGAAACCGUUAACGACCUCAACAUUUUCCCAACGCGAGUUUGGCCCAGAAGUGAGUCUAGACUCCUCAGGUCCGACGGCUUCAACGAGUGCAUAGUCGAA